UCAGCCGAGCGGUUCAUGCGGAAGGCUAAGAGGCUGCGUCUGGACAACGAGAGCGCAGAGAGUCGGAGAAGCUUCUCGCUGAAUUCUGAGGGGGCCGAGAGGAUGGCCAGCGGGACGCCGACGCCCGAGCGGGGCGACGCGGUGGAGAUGGAGGACCCGGCCUCCCGCUUCCAGGUGCAGAAGCACUCGUGGGACGGGCUCCGGAGCAUCAUCCAUGGCAGCCGCAAGAACUCGGGCCUCAUCAUCAACAAGGCUCCACACGACUUCCAGUUUGUGCAGAAGACAGACGAGUCCGGCCCCCACUCGCAUCGCCUCUACUACCUGGGGAUGCCCUAUGGCAGCCGAGAGAACUCCCUCCUCUACUCGGAGAUCCCCAGGAAGAUCCGGAAGGAGGCCUUGCUGCUGCUGUCUUGGAAGCAGAUGCUCGAUCAUUUCCAGGCCACGCCCCACCAUGGGGUCUACUCGCGGGAGGAGGAGCUGCUGCGGGAGCGGAAGCGCCUGGGCGUCUUCGGCAUCACGUCCUACGACUUCCACAGCGAGAGCGGCCUGUUCCUCUUCCAGGCCAGCAACAGCCUCUUCCACUGCCGCGACGGGGGCAAGAACGGCUUCAUGGUGUCCCCCAUGAAGCCGCUGGAGAUCAAGACCCAGUGUGCGGGGCCCCGGAUGGACCCCAAGAUCUGCCGAGCCGACCCCGCCUUCUUUUCCUUCGUCAACAACAGCGACCUGUGGGUCGCCAACCUGGAGACGGGCGAGGAGCGGCGGCUGACUUUCUGCCACAGAGGCUUAUCCAAUGUCCUCGACGACCCCAGAUCCGCAGGCGUAGCGACCUUCGUCAUCCAGGAAGAAUUCGACCGCUUCACCGGCUACUGGUGGUGCCCCACAGCCUCCUGGGAGGGUUCAGAAGGCCACAAGACGCUGCGAAUCCUCUACGAGGAGGUGGAUGAGUCCGAGGUGGAGAUCAUCCACGUGCCCUCCCCUGCACUAGAAGAAAGGAAGACGGACUCCUACCGAUACCCCAGGACAGGCAGCAAGAAUCCCAAGAUCGCCUUGAAACUGGCUGAGUUUCAGACGGAUAGUCAGGGCAAGAUCGUCUCGACCCAGGAGAAGGAGCUGGUGCAGCCCUUCAGCACGCUCUUCCCAAAAGUGGAGUACAUCGCCAGGGCCGGCUGGACCCGGGACGGAAAAUAUGCCUGGGCCAUGUUCCUGGACCGGCCCCAGCAGCGGCUCCAGCUGGUCCUCCUCCCCCCGGCCCUGUUCAUCCCCACCACCGAGAACGAGGAACAACGGGCCGCCUUCGCCAAAGCCGUGUCCAGGGAUGUGCAGCCGUACGUGGUGUACGAGGAGGUCACCGACGUGUGGAUCAACGUUCAUGACAUCUUCUAUCCCUUCCCCCAAUCAGAGGGAGAUGACGAGCUCUGCUUCAUCCGCGCCAACGAAUGCAAAACCGGCUUCUGCCACCUGUACAAGGUCACCGCCAUUCUCAAGCCCAGAGGCUACGACUGGACCGAGCCCUUCAGCCCCGGGGAAGAUGAAUUUAAAUGCCCCAUCAAGGAGGAGAUCGCGCUGACCAGCGGUGACUGGGAGGUUUUGGCAAGGCACGGCUCCAAGAUCUGGGUCAACGAGGAGACGAAGCUCGUGUACUUCCAAGGCACGAAGGACACGCCCCUGGAGCACCACCUCUACGUGGUCAGCUACGAGUCGGCCGGCGAGAUCGUGCGCCUCACCACGCCCGGCUUCUCCCACAGCUGCUCCAUGAGCCAGAACUUCGACAUGUUCGUCAGCCACUACAGCAGUGUGGGCACACCGCCCUGCGUGCACGUCUACAAGCUGAGCGGCCCCGACGACGACCCUCUGCACAAGCAGCCCCGGUUCUGGGCCAGCAUGAUGGAGGCAGCCAGCUGCCCUCCGGAUUACGUGCCCCCGGAAAUCUUCCAUUUCCACACGCGGACCGACGUGCGUCUCUACGGCAUGAUCUACAAGCCGCACGCCGUGCAGCCAGGGAAGAAGCAUCCCACCGUCCUCUUCGUGUAUGGAGGCCCCCAGGUGCAGCUGGUGAAUAACUCCUUCAAAGGAAUCAAGUAUUUGCGGCUCAACACGCUGGCAUCCCUGGGCUACGCUGUGGUCGUCAUAGAUGGCAGGGGCUCCUGUCAGCGAGGGCUUCGGUUCGAAGGGGCCCUGAAAAACCAAAUGGGCCAGGUGGAGAUCGAGGACCAGGUGGAGGGCUUGAGGUUUGUGGCUGAGAAGUACGGCUUCAUCGACCUGAGCCGGGUCGCCAUCCACGGCUGGUCCUACGGAGGCUUCCUCUCGCUCAUGGGGCUGAUCCACAAGCCACAGGUGUUCAAGGUGGCCAUCGCGGGCGCCCCGGUCACAGUCUGGAUGGCCUAUGACACAGGGUACACGGAACGCUACAUGGACGUCCCGGAGAACAACCAGCUCGGCUACGAGGCGGGUUCCGUGGCCCUGCACGUGGAGAAGCUGCCCAAUGAGCCCAACCGCCUGCUCAUCCUGCACGGCUUCCUGGAUGAGAACGUGCACUUUUUCCACACCAACUUCCUCGUCUCCCAGCUGAUCCGAGCGGGGAAACCUUACCAGCUCCAGAUCUACCCCAACGAGAGACACAGCAUCCGCUGCCCGGAGUCCGGCGAGCACUACGAAGUCACGCUGCUGCACUUUCUACAGGAAUACCUCUGAGCCCCGCGGCGCCGGGCCGCGCAUCCAGAGCACAAGUGGCUUCGCCGCCGCCGCCGGGGGACCAGCGGGC